AUGGGUGAUAUCGAACAAGCUGGUUUUAUCAAAAAGUAUGACUAUGCCACUAUUGAGCCUGAUGAUUGUCUCACAAUUAUAUAUACUAGUGGUAGUUCUGGAUUUCCUAAGGGUGCUAUGAUCUCAGAAAGUGCCUAUCGAGCUACGUUUCCACGAUGGUGCUUACCUUCUUCUCUCGAACGUAUUACAUUAUCUUAUCGCCCAUUGGCAUGGGCAGCUGACCGUGAUGCUAUUAUUACAACUUUUCUCUGUGGAGGGCGGACAGGAUUCUCCACAGAAGAUCCUUCUCGACUGAUGGACGAAUUAGCUCUGGUUAGACCAACAUAUUUUGGUGGCCCUCCAAGUAUUUGGAACAAAAUAUAUACUGAAUUUAAGAUUUCUCUUGCCCUGAUCACUGCUCACUGUCAACCUGAAGCCAUAGCAGAUGAAGAACAAUGUCUUCUACAACAGUUCUCGAGGCUAAUUCCUAAUCGAUGCAAAUCAAUCGCUAUGGGCGGUGCAAUGGUUAGUCCAGUAGUAUUCAAUUUCUUGAAACAAUGUUUCACACAUUGUUCAGUCAAUGAAUCAUAUGGAAUUACUGAAUGUGGAAGCGUGGCAUACAAUAAUCUUGUUGAAAAUUCACUUCAAUAUCGUCUUGAAUCUGUUCCAGAGAUGGGAUAUACAGUCGAAGAUGAACCAUUUCCUCGAGGAGAACUUCUAACAAAGACUCCACAAAUGUUUUCUGGAUAUAUCAACAAUCCAGAAGAAACUAGUGCUGCUCUCACAGAAGAUGGAUUUUUUCGAACAGGUGAUAUUGUUGAACUAUGUACUUCUCGUAAUGGUCAAAUUAAUAUACAUGUUAUUGAUCGUAAAAAGAAUUUCUUUAAACUUGCUCAAGGACAAUUUAUUUCACCUGAAUUUCUUCAAAAUAUUUAUAUUCAAAGUCCUUUUGUUGAACAAAUCUAUAUACAUGGUGAUCUUCUAUCAGAUUCUGUUUCUGCUGUUAUUGUUCCUAAUCAAAAAUAUGCACAAGCAUAUGCUAUUGAACAUAAUUUGAUUGAUUUUAAUAUAAAUAAUCCUCAUCCAGAAUUGAUUAAUGCUAUUUUACAAGAUCUUCAUUCAAUAGGUGAAAAAGAAUCACUUCGAAAAUAUGAAAUUCCAUCAAAAAUUAUCAUUGAUUUUGAACCAUUUACUUCUCAAAAUGGUCUUCUUACUUCUUCAAUGAAACCUUGUCGUCAUAAAUUAGCUGCACAUUAUGCUAAUCAACUUAAAAUACCUAAUGCUAUUGAACAACGAUUGAAAACUAUUAUUGAAAAUGUUACAGGUAGAUCAAUCUCAAUAGAUAAUAAAGAAGAAAAUGUUUUUUUAAGUAUUGGUGGAGAUUCUUUAGCAGCUAUACGAUUAUCUCGAAUGAUUGAAAAUGAUCUUGGAAUAUCAUUAUCAUUUAAUAUACUUUUUGAUCCUAAAAUGAAUUUAGAACGACUAACAACUUACAUUCAAAAUCCUUCUCAAUUUUCUUCAUUUUCUCAAUCAAUUCUAUCACAAAUGUUAAAUGAUUCUCAAUUAGAUUUUAACAUAAAAGUUGAAAAACAUAAAUCUAUAAUUGAUUUUCCUUCAAUGGUUUUAAUUACUGGAACAACAGGAUUUAUUGGUGCUUUUUUAUUAGCAGAAUUAUUAACAAUUUAUCCAAUCAAAUGUAAAUUUGUAUGUCUUGUUCGAUGUCAAUCAUCAAUCAAUGGAUUAGAUCGUAUUCGAAAGAAUAUGUUAUUUUAUCAAAUAUGGAAAGAUGAUUAUGAAGAACGAAUUAUUCCAUUACAAGGUGAUCUUUCACAAAAUAAUUUUGGACUUGAUAAAGAAACAUAUCAAUCAUUUGUUCAUCAAAUUGAUAUUAUAUUUCAUUGUGGUGCAAUUGUUAAUUUUAUUCUUCCAUAUAAUCAACUUUAUGGUUCUAAUGUAUAUGGUACUCGAGAGAUUAUUCGUUUUGCUACUCAUAUUCCAUCUUCAUGUAUACCUAUACAAUAUAUUUCAACAAUAAGUGUUCUACCAUUUGAUAUUGACAAAGAGAUAUCAAUUGAUGAAACUUCUCCUGAACAAUUAAUUGGUGGUUAUGCACAAAGUAAAUGGGUAGCUGAAAAACUUAUUGCAAAAGCAAAUCAUUCUGGUUUAUUAGUUAAUAUUUAUCGUUUAGGAUUGAUAUGUGCUGAUAGUCGAACAGGUGCAUGUAAUCAACAUGAUAUUUAUACAUUAUUAAUUACUGCAAUGAUGAAAAUGAAUUGUUAUCCAAAAUCAUUGACAGAAUGUCAUUUGAAUGGUUUAUCAGUUGAUUUUACUGCAAAAACUAUUGUAUAUUUGAGUAAUCUUAAAUCGAAUGUCUAUGGAAAUAUUUAUCAUAUGAUCAAUCAAAAUAGUGAAAUAAAAUUUGUUGAUAUAAUCGAUUGUAUACAUAAUUGUGGUAUUGAAUUGGAAAGUGUUUCAUAUGAUGAAUGGAAAAUAAAAAUGAAGACAACGAAUGAUGGAGAUAAUUCUCUUGGAUCUAUAUUAGAAUUGUUUUCAAACAUAAUUAUUGGAGAGAAAUGUUUGGUAUCAGCUGAUGGAUUUUAUAGUGCUGUAGGUGUGUUAAGCCUUCCAUCCUUCGAUAAGGAUUAUAUUUGUAAAUGGUUAAGUUUUAUAACGCAUCAUGUUGUUCGUAAAUAG